GCUGUGCUGUGCUGCUCUCAGAUCAGUCAGAGUCCUCCCCGCCCCGCUGGGCUCCAACAGCAGCUCCACUCCGCAGCCUUUUCCUUCCACUUCCACUCCACCUCAGAGCCACCGACCAGGCUGGCGGUUCCCACGCCUCCGCACCGCCAAACCAACAAGCUGCAAAGGAGUCAGAACGGCUGAAACCCCACUUUUUAGGGAAUUAUGCUCAUUUCAGAUGGGACUAAAGAUGCUGGAAUUCAAUCAGACCGAGCCUCGACUUUUUCCAACAAAGUAACUGGGCAGCAGAAGUGGACGUAAACUUUUUUUUGGACUGUUCACAGUCCUAUAAUGGUCACGGCUUCCCAGUGGGUUAUGAGUUGCGUGUACUUUUGAAUCUUUUUAUGAGAGCCGUGUUUUCCGUGGACUGUUUUCCAAGUGGGAAAAAACGACAGAGCGACUUCCACGGCUCAGGAAUUGGACGCCAGCAGCGGAAGGGUCCGUGAACGCCGCAGGUAGCUAGCUAACUUGGUAGCGACUUUGGACGGUUGUUUCGAUAUUUACCGGCAGACGUGAGAGGCACAACAGGCGUGAUUCUGCCUAAACGGGGGAUCGGGGGUGUUCGGCAUAUUGCUGACGUGAGCUAAAUGCUCUGUGGGAGCUAUCCCAGGCUCGCAGGUUGUUUAAACAAACUCGGUCCGGGUUAGCCUCCGCAGCUAGCGUCCCAGCAUGCCGCAGCUGAGCAGAGACGGGGACGACCUGGGGGCUAGCGAUGAGCUGAUCGCCUUCAAAGACGAGGGGGAGCAGGAGGACAAGCCCAACGUGUCCUCGGAGCGGGACUUGGAUGACGUCAAGUCGUCCCUGGUCAACGAGUCCGAGACCACCAGCGGCUCAGAUUCGGAGGCAGACAGACGCCCCAAGCCCCAUCCAGAUGCCGGGAGCAGGGCCAGGCUUGGCCAGUUGUUUGAGGAAGGGCUGAGGAAGCAGCAGGGCGCUGGCCUAUACCAGCCGUCGCCGUAUGUCGGCUAUCCCAUCUUCAUGAUCCCGGACCUCGGGAACCUCUGCAGUCCCUACCUCACAAACGGAGGUCUCGCUUCGAGCGGCCGGACGUACCUGCCGUUUCAGUGGCCCCUUCUCGAUAUUCCAGGAAGAUCAGCUAUCAGAGAUUCUGCUGCUCCCACACACCUGUCCAACAGUGUCCCUGUGGUGCAGCACCCCCACAUGACCCACCUCCAUCCUUUGCUGUCAUACAGUCCUGAGGCGUUCUCCCCGCAGAGGGCUUCACCGGGGUUCUCUCCUGAGCCAGGAAUGUCGAGGAGCCCUCACACGGCCUGUUAUCCAUCUUCUCCUGGAGGCAUGACUCCCCUCCCACACCCACUAGGAUGGCUGCCAGGCCAGCCCAUGUAUCCCAUGGCAGGGGGGUUCUCACCUGCAGCUCUGUCAAGUCUGGUGUCGAGCAGCUUCUCUCCACGCUUGGUGCCGACCCCCCAGUCGUCUAUGCCUCAUCCUGCCGCAGUGAAGCAGGAGCCUGGAUGCAGUAACAGCCAACAGCCUGGCAAAUCCACCUCCAGCUCUGAGCAUGACAGGGAGGAGGAGCGAAAGCCCCACAUCAAGAAGCCGCUGAAUGCUUUCAUGCUCUACAUGAGGGAGGAGAGGCCUAAAGUUGUGGCUCAGUGCAAAGUGAAAGAGAGCGCCACCAUCAACCAAAUCCUGGGCCAGCGGUGGCAUUCUCUGCCCAAAGAGGAACAAGCCAAGUAUUAUGAUCUGGCUCGCAAAGAGAGACUCCUUCACUCCAAGCUGUACCCCAACUGGUCCGCCAGAGACAACUAUGGGAAGAAGAAGAAGAGGAAGAGGGUGAAGAGUGAAACUCAGCUUGAAGUUGCUGCAGCUGCAGACGACUUCCCUCCACAGCUUAAGAAACCUCGGGAGGAGCCGCCACACACACAGACGUCACACACGCGACCUCACCUGACGCAUCCACACACCGUGUCCCAUCUGACGCACACCCAUCUCUCCCAAGCCAGCCCUGCCUCCUCCUUGGACUCCCCGGCAACCCCCACCACUGCGCUGGCCUCCCCCGCCGGACCGGCUGCCACACACACUGAGCACACGCACUCCUCCUACAGCUACAGCGGACACAGCUCGCCGUUUGGCGAGCAGCUGCAGCCGCUGUCCCUCACCACCAAGCCCAGCCGCACCGCCCAACCUGUGAGCCACAACGUCGCAACUCCAGGACCCUCCACGCCCUCCUCCACAGACACACCCACCUCUUCACCCCCCGCGUCCUCCUCCAGGAGAUCCCCACAGCCUCCUCUGCUGGUCUCUCACCCUUUCCUUGUCCCACCUCCUACAACCUCUCACAGAUGAGCUGCCAACUCCCUCGCUCUGAACAGCCAGUCAGCUUGAAGGAUCUGACACAACAGAGAAACGUGCCUCUUUCUAAAUGCUGUAAAUAAGCUUCUUUUUAAAAAGAAACCCUUUUUAUAGACCUAUUAUAUUUUGUACUAGUAUGAAAAGGACAUAUUUGGUCAAUAUUUGACUGCAUUUAAAACUGUAUUUUUGACUAUUUCACUUUUUCUACUGAUGAGGAGGAAACGAUUUGUUGGACGUGAAUGUGACGUGUGGCACAACAUUGGUUUCAGAAAGGCUUUUUUUCACAUUGUAGUUCUUCAUGUAAAGCUAGGGUUUUGGUUCCUUGUGUUAAUAAAUUCCCACUGAGUGCUAUCAC